AUGUCCCAAAAACUCACCGAAUUCGUCCUCCGACCAGGUCAAGGCAAAAUUGGCCGACCUGUUCGCGUUCGUGCCAACUACUUUGAAGUCACCGAGUUACCGGUCGACAACAUCAUUCAUUACGAUGUUACCAUUACGCCGGAUGUGCCGCCCGCGUUGAACCGAAAGAUUUUCGAGAAAUUUGAGGAAGAUAAUUUUAUAGUCGGGCUUGGAGGUUGUCGGACUGUUUAUGAUGGCCGCAAAAACAUUUUCGCCCCAAGAAUCCUUCCAUUUGGCGAAACGGCGACUUUCGAUGUCACUUUGCCAAAUGACGACGAAAUCACAGGCAUCACACGCAACGUUCGUUCGUUCAAAAUCAAAAUCAAGAAAGCUGGUGAGAUCGUAAUGACCGAACUGCAUAAUUUCCUUCGUGCAAAUGGGCCUAUGACGUCUGGUGUUCUUACUGCGAUUAUGGCAAUCGACGUCUUAAUUAGGCACCUUCCGUCGAUGCAAUACGUGACUGUCGGACGCUCUUUUUUCACUUCGAAUGGUUCAAUGGCACUUUUUGGCGGGGCUGAAGUCUGGCAAGGGUACUACCAAUCGGCUCGUCCUACUCCUGGAAAAAUGAUGAUAAACAUUGACCUCAGCGCUACCGCAUUCUACGAAGGUGGCCCACUCAUCCAAAUGGUAAUAAAAUUACUCGGCAAAAGAAAUCAUGACGACCUUCGCCGCGGCCUCAACGAAAAAGAGUGUAUCAAAAUCGAGAAAGCAAUCAAGAACCUGAAAAUCCGUGUCAUUCAUCGUGGGGUGCAAAACACGCGACGCCGGUUCAAGAUUGCCAAGCUUACGAGUACUCCUGCGAAUAUGACCAAAUUCGAGACUGAACACGGCCCAAUGGACGUGGCGUCGUAUUUUCAACGGACGUAUAAUAGUCCGCUGCAAUUUCCUAAAUUGCCGUGUGUUGCUGUUAAACGCGAUGUUUAUUUGCCGAUUGAGGUUUGUGAAGUGAUUGAGGGACAAAGACAUAUUCGUAAACUCAACGAAAAACAAACCGCCGACAUGAUCAAAUUUACUUGCCAAGCACCCACUCUUCGCGCAAAUAAAAUCAAACAAGGCGUAGAAAUUUUGAAUUAUCGUGAAAAUAAAUAUUUGGCACCGUUUUUUCUAAAAAUUUCGAAUGAAAUGGCAAAUAUUCCAGCACGAAUUUUACCAGCACCAACCAUACAAUACCACCGUACCUCGCGUGAACAGAAAUGUGUUCCGCGUGACGGUGUUUGGAAUUUGCGUGACAAAAAACUAGCUACGUGUGCCACUCUUGGAGCAUGGUCACUUGUGGCAUUUGGUGCCGAACGCGAAUUCCCAAUCCAAUCCAUUCAAGCAUUCAUCCGGGAACUAGUAAUCAGCUGUCAAGAAGUAGGCCUGCACAUUCCUAAUCGUUCUCCACCAAUAAUGCAUGCAAAUCCACAAGGCGAUGUUGACAGUGUUCUGAAACAAGCUUGGCUCCGUGCCGGAAACGCUGUUCAAGCACAACCACAAUUGAUUGUUUGCAUAUUACCUACCACUGGAGAAUCACUCUACGCGGAGAUCAAACGCGUGUGUGACACGGAAAUCGGUGUGGCGAGUCAAUGCGUCCAAUUGCGCCAUAUGAUGCAAGCCAAAAAACAAUAUUGCGUAAAUUUAUGUCUGAAAAUGAACGUCAAACUCGGCGGAAUGAAUUGUUAUCUUGCGCAGGACACCGUUCCGUUUGUGUCCGAACGUCCCACUAUUAUUAUGGGUGCUGAUGUGACGCAUUCGUCUCCAGGUGAUGCUUCUCGCCCGUCAAUCGCAUCGCUUUGUGCUACGAUGGAUGCCAAAAUUUCUCGUUAUGCUGCGUCUAUAAGAGUACAGACCGGUCGCUCGGAUAUUAUUGCGGAUCUUGCUAAUAUGGUCAAGGAAUUGCUUAGGAAUUUUUAUCAAGCUUGCGGUAGGAAACCUGAACGAAUUCUCUUUUACCGCGAUGGCGUUUCGGAAGGGCAGUUUACUCACGUUCUUGAAAAUGAAAUCAAAGCGGUGCGAGCUGCUUGUCGUUCCUUGGAUGCAUCCUAUCGCCCAACAAUUACAUUUGUUGUUGUUCAAAAACGGCAUCAUACUCGUUUUUUCCCUGUUGACCGGAAUUCGUCGGAUCGUACAGGCAAUUGUCUACCAGGCACAGUAAUCGAACAAACAAUCAUACAUCCGUUCGAAUUUGAUUUUUAUCUUCAAAGCCAUGCCGGAUUACAAGGUGCUUCGCGCCCAACGCAUUAUCACGUAUUGCAUGACGAGAAUCGGUUUAAGCCUGAUGAUCUUCAAAUCUUGACGUACCAUCUCUGUUAUGUGUAUGCACGGUGCACUCGAGCAGUUUCUUUGGUACCUCCUGUAUUGUAUUCACAUUUAUUGUGUCGGAGGGCACGGUAUCACGCUCGUUUGGACAGCUGGACCGAAGGAAGUUCUACCGAAGCAAAUGGAGUUCCGAGUUCUUUUGGGAAUGUGAAGCCCGAUUUGGCAAAGGUUAUGUACUUUAUGUGA